AUGAUGAAUCAGCAGCAGAUGGACCAGAGGUGCCAGUUUAGGAUUACAGUUUGGGAGGAGGAAAACUUCCAGGGAAAACGCUGUGAGUUCAACCUGGAAUGUCAGAACAUUCUGGAGAGAGGAUUUCAGAAGAUCCGCUCCAUCAAGGUGGAGAAUGGACCCUGGGUGGGGUAUGAAUACCCUGAGUUCCAGGGACAGCAGUUUAUCCUGGAGAAGGGCGACUAUCCCUGCUACCAGGCCUGGAGCGGGAACAGCGGAUACCGCACAGAGCAUCUGCUCUCCUUCAGACCCAUCAAGUGUGCUAACCACAGCGACAGUAAGGUGACCCUGUACGAGUGCGAGGACUUCCAGGGACGCCAUUUCGAGAUGUGUGACGACUACCCCUCCCUGCAGGCCAUGGGCUGGUGCAGUAAGGAGGUUCCUUCCAUCAAAGUCAACUCAGGAGCGUGGGUGGCCUACCAGUUCCCCGGUUACCGUGGAUACCAGUACAUCCUAGAGAGAGACAGACGUCAGGGAGAGUUCAGGAACUAUAAUGAGUACAGCACCCAGGCGCACACCAAUCAGAUCCAGUCUAUGCGCAGGGUGCAACACUAA